UCAAACAUAACCUUUCCUCUUUGUGAUUUCUAUGCAUUGGAUAGGAGGCAAGUAAUGGAACAAAUCCUACUCCUCUUCCAAGAUGCAGUUCUUCUGCUUUGUUCAGCUGAUGGAUUCUCAUGUCGUGAUCUCAGACAACUUAUCAUUGUGGUUCCAUGAGCAGACUCUCCGCGUGGACAUUUCUCUCUGGCUAUUCCUUAAAGUCCCAGCUAAAAUUCCACCCUCUGUAGGAAGCUUUCCCCAACCAUUCUUUAUUCUAGUGCUUUCCCUCUUCUAAUCACUUCCUAUUUAUCCUAUAGAUAGUUUACUUUGUAUGUUGUCUCCCCCAGUGCCUGGCACAUUGUUGUGGUUUAAUCAUGUCCAUGACUCUUUGGGACCCCAUGGAUCCUAACGAACCAGUGCUAUCCAAGGGAUUUUCUUGGCAAAGAGACUGGAGUGCGUUGCCAUUUCCUUCUCUAGUGAAUUAAGGCUAACAAUAACAUUAGAUAACUUGGAUCUUUGUGACUCCAGACCCCACCCUCUUAUCACUGGGCCACCUAGCUACCCAUCAGAUACAUAAUAGAUGCUUAAUAAAUGCAUAUUAAAUGAAUAAAUGAAUGGUUGCCCUGUUUAGGACAUUUCCUGUAUCACAGUGUUAAACACAGUACUCAUAAUAUGAUCUGAUCCCAGAGUAGUUUGAGGCUUUCAUUCUCUGAUUUAGGCAUACAUACAUCAUAUCUCUCAAUUGGACUUAAGAUUACCUUAGGUAGGGGCAGCUAAUUGGUACAAUGGAUAGAGCAUCAUCCCUGAAGUCAGGAGGACCUGAGUUCAAAUCUAGCCUCAGGCACUUAACACAUCCUUGCUGUGUGACCCUGGGCAAGUCACUUAACCCUAAUUGCCUCAGCAAAAAGAAAAGAUUACCUUAUGUAUUUUUGACAGCUAGAUCACACUGUUGAUUCAUGUUGAGCUUUUAGUUAAGUAUGAAUUCAUCUGAAACAAACAUAUCUUUUUAAGUUGAAUUACACUCAAGCCAUGCUUCCCUUUGUCUUGAAAUUGAUUUUUUUUUAACUUACAGAUUUUUUUUUAAUGUAGGGUAAUAAAUCCAGUAGAUAUUAAGUGUUCAUUAUGCAAUAUAUGGACUAGAGAUACAAAGAAUGGUAAAAGAGAGUCCCUGUCCUUCAGGAGCUUACAGUCUAAUGAGGGAGAUAACAUACAAGCACCUAUGUGCAACAAAGCGAUAUAUAAAUUUGAAAUAAUCAACAGAUUGCAGGUACCAGAAUUAAGGUAAAUCAAGAAAGACUUCCUCUAGAGGGUGGAAUUUUAGCUAAGAUUUGAAAGCCAGGAGGUAGAGAUAGUAGAGAGAGAGAAACCCUGUGGAAUUUCAGAGUUCAUAAACAUGGAAGUGUGGUAUCUGUGUGAGUGAUAGAGGAGUAGGCCAUGGGAAAUGAGUUAACUAUGGUAUUAAGAUGUUAAAGGAAUAUCAGCAUCUUGAAGUCCAAUAGUAUGAGGACAGGAGUUGUGGAAGAGGUAAGCCAGUCAAGCAUUGAAUUCAUUGAGCAGAGAAGGGAAGUGUCCUGGAGGUCAGUAAACAAUAGUUAACAGAAUUUUGAGGCAUCUAAUUUGAAGGUAGACUGUAUAGAAGAGAAUAUGAAAUAAAAAGGCAAACAGAAACACAAGUGUGAACUUUACUUAGUAUUUUAUUUCUUAGUUCAGAUAUGUGAUUUCCUAAGGCUAGGAAAAUCCUUCUAGCGAUGCAGAUUAGUUGUUCUUUUGUAACAAAAGCUCUUUAAAGUAAGGAAAUUAGCUUUUGAAAUUGGGGGAACCUGCAGUUGUUUCUUAAUUAUAUCUUUUUAUUUAAUUCUUUAUUAUUCAAUAGUUUUUUAUUUAUUCCAACUCUUCAUGACCCUAUUUGGCAGAGAUACUGGAGUGGUUUGUGGAUUUCUUCUCUAGUUCAUUUGACAGAUGAGGAAACUGAGGUAAAUAGGGUUAAGUGACUUACCCAGGAUCACAUAGUUAGUAUCAAAUUUCAAUUCAGGGAGAUGAGUCAUCCUGACUCCAGAUCCAGCAUUCUAUCCACUGUGCCACCCAGCUGCCCCCAGAGUGAUAUUGUUACAGUUUGUUAUGUCAUUUCAGUCUUGUCCAAGUCUUCAUGACCCUGUUUUCUUGGCAGAGAUACUAAAGUAGUUUGGCCAUUUGACAGAUGAGAAAACAGGCUUUCCUGGGUCUGAGGCCAUAUUUGAAUCCAGGUCUUCCUAACACCCAGCCUGGCACCCUAUAAAAAAAAGAUUAUAUUCAGUUUUGUUGAAAAUGAUGCUUGGUUGUUGUAUUCCAAGCCCUCCAAUGCUUUAAUGUAGAAAUCUUGUGUAUUCCUAGUUCAUAUUUCAAUGGUUUCUUUCUGGCUGCUUGCAAUAUUUUCUCCUUGAACUAGAAGCUGUGGAAUUUGGCUAUACUAUUCCUAGGAGUUUUCAUUUUGAGAUAUCUUUCAGGAGGUGAUUGGUGCAUUCUUACCAUUUAUAGUUUUUCCUCUGGUUCUAGAAAAUAAAGCUAGUAUUCUUUGAUAAUUUAAUGAAAUAUGAUUUCUAGGCUUUUUUUUUUUUUUUUUAAAUCAUGGCUUUCGGUAUUUUCAAAAGUAUUUUGCUUUUUUGUUACUUGUUUUCUCAAUGAGAUAUUUUGCAUUUUUUUAAUAUUUUCUUUUAUUCUUUUGAUUUUGUUUUUUGAUGUCUCGUGGUUUCAUUAGCUUUUACUUGUCCAAUUUUGAUUUUUAAGGAAUUAUUAUUUUCUUCAGUGAAUUUUUAUACUUCUUUUUACCAUUUGGCCUAUUUUGUUUUUUAAGACAUUGUUUUCUUCAGUAUUUUUUUGGCUUCUUUUACCAAACUGUUGACUCUCUUUUCUUGCGCCACUCAUUUCUUUUCCCAUUUUUACCUCUGCCUCUCAUUUUAUUUUUAAAAUCCUUUUUGUGUUUUUUUAGGAAUUCUUUUGGUGGGAAGUAAGGAAAACCUGAGACCAAUUUACAUCUUUUCUUUGAAGCUUUGCAUGUAACUAUUUUGAAUUUGUUAUCUUUUGAGCUUCCCUGUCAUCAUAGUAACUUUCUAGUGUCAGGUUCCUUUUUUUGUUGUUUGCUCAUUUUUGGAGUCUAUUUCUUGAUUUCUAAAUUUUUUUUUAAUGUUGACUGCUUUUUAUUUUUCCAAAUACUUGCAAAGACAGUUUUCAAUAUUCACCUUUCUAAAACCUUAUUCCAAAUUUUUCUUCCUCCCUUCCCCCCCUUCCUGUACAAUAAACCAAUAUAGGUUAAAAAUGUGCAAAUAAUUCUAAACAUUUCCAUAUUUGUCAUGCAGCACAAAUCAGAAGAGAAAAGAGAAAGAUUGUAGUUUAUAUCACGAGGUACCAUAAUAUCUCACAUUUUAAUAGGGUUUUCAUUAGCGUUAUACACUUAUAUCCUAUAGUACUUUUUUAAGAUCUUUUGUAUCUGUUCUUUUAAUCUUUACAGCAACCUUGUAAAUAAAGGUGGAUUAUUAUUAAGACAAAGAUUAUUAUUUCCACUUUUUUUUUUCUCCUAUUUCUUUUCCUGAGUUCUAAAACACAUGUUGUUCAGGUCAGUAAAUGCCUUUCCCUGUGGAAAUCAACUUCAAAGUUGAGCUGAUAUUCUACCUUUCAUGAAACCUUCCCAUGUCACUCCAAUCUACAUAGAUCUCUUACUCCUCAGGUUUCUUUCCUAGUUAGUACAUAGUUUACACUGUACUCACUUAUGUGGCAUUUAGCCUAAAUUUGUUAUUUGAACCCCAUAGCUUCAUAAGGCAUAGCUGAGUCAGGAGGUGUGAACGGCAGAUUAACUGACACAUGACCAUGUAGGUACUUCAUCACAGAGGAAGAAACAUAUCUAUCCCACUUCCAUAAAAGGCUGAAGCUUUAAGAGAUUAUUUGAGUCAGACAAAUAUUUAAACCAUAUUUGUUAUGUCUUGCCUCUUGAUCUGACAGUCACUUCACCAUUGAAUUUCUAUUUCUAGGCUGUCCAUUGAUCUAUACUCACUUGAACCCACCUUCAGACCUCUUUCCUUGAGUGGGAAUUAACCCAAUUUGGAUGGGAUAGCUCUCCCUCUACUUAGGUGGAGCUCCAUAAAUAAUUAUUGUGAAUUUUGUAGAGAACAACUAAUUGGGGAAGCAACACAUUUAUUCAGGAAGCAGUUGAGUUAUUACAACAGAACAAUAUGACUAAGUGUUAAGUUUAUGGGGCAGACGUGGUAUUUCAAAGGAAAGAAAGAUUCUAAUGGAUCAGGAGAGUGAUGGAGUGGGGUGAAUGACUUAAAGAAGAUACAUGAUUUGAACUAGGUUAUAAAAGAUAAGACUAGAAUUUGAACAAGAGAAGAAACAAGUAUGGAAUGGGGGAAAGGAGAUAAUGAACAUAUUAACCUAAUGGAGUACAAGGAAAGGGAAGGACUGGGAUUAGGGUAAUACAAAAAUACCAAUUUUGUUGGUUUGAAACUUAGGAUCAGCACCUAGCAAGAUUGUCAUUAAUAUGCUGAUGUUCAUUGAUGGGGAAAAAAAUGUUGCCACUCCGCUGGAUUACUAAUAAAAGGAGGAGGGACUUAGCACUAGAUAUUAAAUAUGUAACUCAGUUAUUUAAAAUCUCUUUCAGCAACUCCAUGAAUCGGUGAAGCGGAAUCGGGAUAGUGCUGGCUCCCCUCAGAAUGGAGAACAACAGAAUGGGUAUGGAGAAAUGUUUUCUGUGCACAAGAAACCUCGCCAUGAUGAUACUCUUGGGGUUAGUGUCUCUUCCAAUGGGAUACCUCCGUUGUCCCCACUGCCUCAUCUUGACAAGUCAUCUGGAGGAGAUGCCUUACAGCCCAAUGGAAAACAUUCACUGGGUCUAGAUUCCAUCAAUAAAAAAUGUCUUCCAGAUUCUAGCCUACAUUCAAAUGGCAGCAGUAAUGCAAAUGAUUCAUUUCAAAUAAGUUUGAAUAAAGAAAUGAAACAAGAGCCUGUAGAUGACCUCCCUUGUAUGAUCUCUGGAACAGGCGGCUCUAUGUCUCAAAACAAUUUAAUGCCUGACCUAAACCUUAAUGAGCAGGAGUGGAAGGAGCUCAUUGAUGAACUUAAUAGAUCAGUACCUGAUGAAGAUAUGAAGGAUCUAUUUAAUGAAGAUUUUGAGGAGAAAAAGGAUACAGAGACUUCAAGUUCAGCUACACAAACCCCAUUACCACAAGACAUCAAUAUUAAGACUGAAUUUUCACCAGCAACCUUUGAGCAGGAGCAGUUAGGGUCUCCGCAAGUAAGAUCCACAUCUUCAGGGCAGACCUUUAUUGGGUCCUCCUCUGUAGCUGUGAGUACAGCCUCCCCAGUUAUAGGGACCUCUCAGACUGGGUUCCAAGCUUCUAGUCAGCCAGGGGCUGAAAAUCCCAAUCAGACCAUGAUGCAGGCAGCAAGCCAGUCUCAGAAUGUACAGAGGCCUCUAGCCAAUGUAUUAUUACCUGGUCAGGGCUCUGGAGGGAGCAAAGAAAUGUCCUCUGCCCAUCAGCUCCAGCAGAUAGCUGCCAAACAGAAGAGAGAUCAAAUGCUUCAAAACCAACAGCAGACUCAGCAAGUUCACCAACCUGGACAAAUGGCCAACUGGCCACCAUCUGGUCCUUCUCAUAGUCCAUUAGCCGUCCCCUACUCUGUGGAGAACCCAACUAGCCCUUCAGUUUACCAGCAAGAUUUCAAUAACCAGAAACUCAUGAUGUCCACCAUGACCAAUAAGAGUUCUCCUAGAACUGGAGGUACUUACCUCCAACCAAGCCAUGUAGGCCUGCUGACUCAUCAGCCAAACACCUUGAACCAAAAUUCUGUGGCUGGCCAAGGGUCUAUGCUUGACUAUGGCAACACCAAACCUCUUUCCCAUUACAAAGCGGAUUGUGGACAAGUAUCUGGACAAAAUAAGGCACCCAUGUUAACUUAUCUGCCACAGCAGCUGCCUCAUAUGAAUGAAGAACAAAACGCAUUGUAUAUGUUGAAACCGAAGCCUGGAAAUAUUCCCUACAGACCACUGGUUCCCCAUAGCCAGGACCAGAACCCUUCUAAUGUUCCUCGUGCCCCAGUCUCUGUGCCAGCAUCAAGUGUUGGCACCCAGCCACCAGCUGUAUCCAUGGCAAAUACCCAUGGCACUGCUGCCUAUCUCAACACCCAACAACAAGCAGCAGCAGCAGCAGCAGCAGCAAUGAAGCAGCACCAGCUGUUGCUCGACCAGCAAAAGCAGCGGGAACAGCAGCAGAAGCAGUUGCAGCAGCAGCAACAGCAGCAUUUCCUGAUAGGACAGAGACAGCAGCAGCUUCUGGCUGAGCAGGAGAAGCAGCGUCAGGAACAGCAGUUUCAAAGACACCUGACCCGGCCACCCCCUCAGUACCAAGAGCAGAACCAGACCACUUACCAGCAGGUUGGACAGUUUACAGGGUCGUCAGCUGCCAUGGCCGGAGUGAGUAGCUUGGGUCCAUCCAACUCCGGUAGUCCCCGGAUGUUUCCGCAGAUGCAGAUUGGACCCGGACACGGUUCUGUUUCCUCCAUUCCUUCGAAUCCCAGCCAACAGGAUCGCAGUGUGGCUCAGUACAGUGGCACCCAGAACCUUCAGAGAGGAAACCUGUACAGCGUGGCCCCCGGCAUGGCUCCAAUGGUCCCCCAGCACGCACCCCAAGCCUCCAACGGGCACGCCCACAUGCCACGGCAGCCCAGCGUUGGCCAGAGCAACGCCGUGUCUGCUAGCUACGGCCAGAACGCCCUGGGCAACGCCGGGCUUCCUCCACAGCAUAGUAAAGGGGCCCUGAAUCCCACUCUAUCGAAGCCCUCGUUACCCAGAGUGCCGGCUGCUGUGGGACCCCAAAAUCCAUCCUGGCAGCACCAAGGCGUGCCCAGCAUGAACAGCCAGCCACAGGCGGGCAGUGGGGGGGGCCCUUUUCCUGCCACCUCCACUUUUCACAUGCAGCAGCCCCAUCUUAAGAUGCCCAGCCAGCAGUUCCCUCAGGGAGGGCCUCAGGUAAACCUGGGUACCAACCGGCCAAUGACAUCCAUCAACUCUUCUGUGUCGGGACCCAUGAUGUCCUCCAUGAGCACCCAGCAGAGGACAAAUACAUCUGCCCAGCCGCAGGUGCCCGCUCAGCAAGUCCUGCCUGGGAUGAACUCAGCCGUCCCAGACCUGACUGCAUUCAGCCAGAAUCCGAGCCAGCAGCUGGCAAACCGAGCCAGCAUGCAUUGUGGCCAGGGCUACCAGGUGAGGACAGCAAAUCAGGAGCUCCCUUUUACCUACAGCGCUCCCCCGAGCAACAGCGGCUUACAGAACAUAACCGGCGACACUGAUCUCAUAGAUUCUCUGCUGAAAAAUAGGACUUCAGAAGAGUGGAUAAAUGACUUGGAUGAAUUGUUAGGAACACAUUAACCUAGGGUUCAGGAUAUCCUGGUUCUGCUACAACCUACAUAUUGGUUCUUAACAUCAAGAACCACUGGACCAAAAACCUGUGGCAUUGAAGAGCUUUGAAAAUAUAUUGGAAAUAGCCAGGAAAUGGACCCCUGCUGCUUCCCACUGAGCUUGAUAGCCCUGUUCUGAUGGCACCUGCAAUCUGCAUCUCAUGGGAUACAUGUGGGAUGAGGUUGUUCAUCUAGACAGGUGGGGCCCAUUGCAGUGAUAUCACAAGGUAGAGAGAAAACAGAAGGCUUUUAAAUGUACAUUUAUAUUGAAAAGACCAAAAAUGUAGUAUCAAAUUGAAGGAAAAAAUCAGUGCCAUUUUGUUGACUAAACCCAAUUUCCCCCUCCAUUUUCCAUAUUUUAGAUGCUUGGGUUUUUUUAAUUGUUUUGUAGCCAGACUUUAUGCAAUUUGUUUCAUAAGUUUGGUAAAAGAUAUUUUGUCAAAUGUUAGGUUAAGUCACUUGUGGUUUUUACAAAUCUGGAGACUUGUCAUCCUAUCAUUAAUGGCAAACCUUUAUUUUCAUUUUUAGAAAGGAGUGGGAUGAGAUGCAUAUGAGAGAAAAUCAUCAUUUUAGUCCACCAACAUCCCCAAAUCCACCUCUUUUCUGGCUAAGAAUGGUGCAUUUGAGUGUCGGAUGGUAGGAGGUUUCUGCUCAUUGUUGAGAUGAAAAGGAAGAUUUAGCAUCAACUCACUGGUGGGUUGCCCUUAGACUUCCUUGUGGCUACUGACUUAAGUAGCCAGAUGUUGUUGCCAGUAAUCACUCUUGAAGGACACCGAGUCCUUCAGGUCUCACUUGUUUAAAGAGAGACUUUAUUUUGUUACUGCCAUUGUUUUUUAAGACUUGUUCCACCGCCCUCCUAAAAGGGAGCUCCUGUGCUUCAGGUGUAGAUAAUGUGGUGAGAUCCCGUUCUUGGGGCCGAACCCAGAAGAAGCUUCCCUUGCUAUAACAAAAGCAAAGCAAAGUCCAAAUAACAGCUGCCUGUGCUACGGAAAUACAUUUGGGGUUUGUUUUUUGGCUCUUCUCUUAUCUUUAAAAGUCUCCCUUUAAACAUUUCUUGGCUGGCGUGACUGAGGACUUAACUGUCCCCAAGAAAAUGUAAAUUCCUUUGCAACAAAUGCUGCCAGUGUAGUAGCAUAAGCAUAGCAGAAAUCAUCAGUGUGAUCAGUGAGGGUUUAGUUCAUUUGGGGUAAAAGAAACAGUGAUAGUAUUGGGUGUUGAGGAUUCCUAAGUUCUCUUGUGUUAUCAAAACCUCCCUCCUUUAAUCCUCUUGAAAAUAUUUCUCAUUAAACAUAUAAUCAUUUUAGAUUUCUCAAGACCUGUAAACUUCCAGCUCCAAAAGCAGAAAAAUCUUUUAGUUAAAUAUUCAAAUUGGAAUAAAAACUCCUGAAGAUGCUCCUGGCCCAGCUACACAACUCUGAAUAGAGGAAGGCUGCCUCCCAGAGAUGUGGGACCAGAGGAAAAUACAAAGAAAGGCUGAUUUGGGAGCUGUGUGGGGAAGGAAUGGCACAGAUUGAUGAUAUAAUUAUAUUUUAUUGCUGUAUCUACAGUUCCUUUUAUCAGACAAGUUGCACUUUAAAAAAAAAACUGCUUUUUAACACUACUAUUUUCUUUAACCCUUUCUAGAUAUGCAUAUGAAUUUUUCUUUUAAGUCCCACAAACAUGCAUCAGAUAGAUCUCUAUGACUUCAGAUCCUUUUGACAAAUUUUUGGUUGUUGCCUGAUGGGGCUAUACUUGUAAAAUGAAGGUGAACGCUCACCUCCCACCACAUCCAGUUGUUGACAGACCUUACAGACUGUUCUGUGUGCCCCCAUUCAUUUUCUUAGAAACCAGCAAUGGAGUGCUGGUUAUAGAAUUAGGAGCCAAAGAAGGCAUUUAUAAAGGUCAUCCGACAUUAAGCCUAAUCUUUGUUUCUCUGGGCUCUCUUAGUAUUAUUGUUUCUUUUUUUGUUUUUGUGGUUGAAGGUCACAUUCAAAGGAAAACCUUAAUAUAAAAAAUCUCCGUCUCUUUCCAGGACAGGGUUUAGAAGAAAAGAUUGUAGCAUGUAAAUGUGGUGGAAAUGGUUUCACACCAGCAGUGCCUUUGUCAUUAGGGAUGCUUGGGACCUCAGAAAUUCAGCAAUAGCCAUGACCCUUCUAUAGGGUGAUAUUCACCAUAUUCCCUUUUGAAAUGCCCUAAGUGGGGAAGGAGUCGGAAGGUCCAGGUCCUUCUGGCUUUUCAGUUCCUCCUGAAUUCUUCAGAAAGUAUAUUUGGCUCUCAAAAUGCCAAGUCAGCCAGAACAGCCAAGCAGCUGCCCCCCAGUUUAUUUCCAUAAACUGAAAGGCUAGAUGGGCUGCUUUGGCCCCCUUACUACCAAAAAUAGAGCAGUCUGUGUCUGUACCUGGCACUGAGCAGAGUUGAGCAGCUUGUGCCCUCUCUCCUUCUGCCAAAGGGCCCCUGUCUGGGGCGCGGCGCUGCUGACCGGCCGGCUCGCUGCCCUCGGUUCUUAGACAUGUGGCUGUCAAAUAUGCAGUCGGGCUUCCCGUUUGCUUUAGCUUCAUAGCAAUAAGAUGCAACUCCUGGAACCCCCAGGGAACUACCCAUGGCUUUAUUUAUGAACUCUCGUCAGGAGGUAGGAAGAGGUAACAUCCUCACCUGCCAGAAACCAAGACUCGAAUAAAACGGUGCUUAGACUUUUGUUAUACACAUUUCCUUUGUGUAAAUAAAUGUUUACAGUUUUAUAUUGAAGAUGGAACAAGAGUUAGAUCUUUUGACUGUAUAUUUUUUACUUUUUAUAGAUUUUAAAACUGUAUAAUUCUUUAUAUAUGGGGGGGAGGUGGGAGUAUGGUAAGUUUUAUGCCUGUAAAUGGAGAACAGUUGAAAUUGAUGCUAACCUUUAUGCCCUGUUUUUUGUAUAAAGAUCCUAUUAAUCCCCGAUUCUUCCACUUCACUUAACUCUGGCACACACCAAAAAGAGAACCUUCACUUUUCCUGUUUUAUCAUUAUAUGAAAUAAUAAAAGUAUUUUACUAGUAUGAAAA